CGGUGCGGCACUGCAGCUAGCGCAGUUCUCACUGAGACUCGUCACCCUGACUCUGCGUGAGACACAACCCGGACUCACCAUGCGUGAAUGCAUCUCAGUCCAUGUGGGUCAGGCAGGUGUCCAGAUGGGCAAUGCCUGCUGGGAGCUUUACUGCCUGGAACAUGGGAUUCAGCCUGAUGGGCAGAUGCCCAGUGACAAGACCAUUGGUGGAGGGGAUGACUCCUUCACCACAUUCUUCUGUGAAACUGGUGCUGGAAAGCAUGUGCCUCGGGCAGUAUUUGUGGAUCUGGAGCCCACUGUAAUUGAUGAAAUCCGAAAUGGUCCCUACCGACAGCUGUUCCACCCAGAGCAGCUCAUCACUGGGAAAGAAGAUGCCGCUAACAACUAUGCCCGUGGUCACUACACCAUCGGCAAAGAGAUCAUCGACCCCGUACUAGAUCGGAUCCGCAAGCUGUCUGACCAGUGCACAGGACUUCAGGGUUUCCUGGUGUUCCACAGCUUUGGAGGGGGCACCGGCUCUGGCUUCACCUCCCUCUUGAUGGAGCGGCUCUCUGUUGACUAUGGCAAGAAAUCCAAGCUGGAGUUCUCUAUCUACCCAGCCCCCCAGGUGUCCACAGCUGUGGUCGAGCCCUACAACUCCAUCUUAACUACCCACACCACCCUGGAGCACUCAGACUGUGCCUUCAUGGUGGACAACGAGGCCAUCUAUGACAUCUGUCGCCGCAACCUGGACAUCGAGCGCCCAACAUACACCAACCUCAACCGCCUCAUCAGCCAAAUCGUCUCCUCCAUCACAGCUUCCCUGCGCUUUGAUGGGGCCCUCAACGUGGACCUGACAGAGUUCCAGACCAACCUGGUGCCCUACCCUCGCAUCCACUUCCCCCUGGCCACCUAUGCACCAGUCAUCUCUGCAGAGAAGGCUUACCACGAGCAGCUGUCAGUGGCAGAGAUUACCAAUGCGUGCUUUGAGCCUGCCAACCAGAUGGUGAAGUGUGACCCACGGCACGGCAAGUACAUGGCCUGCUGCCUGCUGUACCGUGGAGAUGUGGUGCCCAAGGACGUCAACGCCGCCAUAGCUGCCAUCAAGACCAAGCGCAGCAUCCAGUUUGUGGACUGGUGCCCCACGGGCUUUAAGGUUGGUAUCAACUACCAGCCUCCCACUGUGGUGCCUGGGGGUGACCUGGCCAAGGUGCAGCGUGCUGUGUGCAUGCUGAGCAACACGACCGCCAUUGCUGAGGCCUGGGCCCGCCUGGACCACAAGUUCGACCUGAUGUAUGCCAAGAGGGCUUUUGUACACUGGUACGUGGGUGAGGGCAUGGAGGAGGGCGAGUUCUCUGAGGCCCGGGAGGAUAUGGCUGCCCUGGAGAAGGAUUAUGAGGAAGUAGGCAUCGACUCCUAUGAGGACGAGGAGGAGGGAGAAGAAUAGACAGCUGUUUAGAGCCGAUUCACUAUGUUUAUUGCAAAAUCCUUUCGAAAUAAACAGUCUCUUGCACGGUU